AUGGCCCCUUCUCCUUGCAGCAAGUGUAAGACGGAGAGGGCAAUUAUCAAACGGCCAAAGAAUCAUGCAAAACUCUGCAAGGCAUGCUUCAUCCAGGUUUUUGAGGACGAAGUCCACCAUACCAUUGUAUCGUCAAAGCUGUUCUAUCCCGGAGAGAAAGUCGCAAUAGGAGCCUCUGGGGGAAAGGAUUCGACAGUGCUAGCCUCGGUUCUCAAGACCCUCAAUGAGCGGCACAAUUACGGCCUUAAGUUAGUCCUUUUGAGUAUAGACGAGGGCAUCAAAGGCUACCGCGAUGACUCGCUCGAGACGGUGAAGCGCAAUUCCGUGCAAUACGACAUGCCUCUUAAGAUUGUCAGCUAUGAGGAGUUGUAUGGUUGGACGAUGGACCAGGUGGUAGAGACAAUCGGGAAGAAGAAUAAUUGCACCUAUUGUGGUGUCUUUCGACGCCAAGCACUCGAUCGUGGGGCGAAGAUGCUGGGCAUCAAGCACGUCGUAACGGGUCAUAAUGCUGAUGACGUAGCAGAAACAGUCUUGAUGAAUCUGCUUCGGGGUGACUUGGCGCGGCUUGCACGAAGCACUAGCAUCGUGACAGGAGACAGCCGCUCGGAUGUCAAGAGAAGCAAACCCCUGAAAUACUCGUAUGAAAAAGAGAUUGUCCUCUAUGCUCAUCACAAGAAGCUCGACUACUUCAGCACCGAGUGUAUCUACAGUCCAGAGGCGUUUCGUGGCAGUGCUCGGGGCCUGAUUAAACAGCUGGAGAAGGUUCGGCCAAGUGCCAUUCUAGACAUCGUACGCAGUGGCGAGGACAUGGCAAGGCUUGUUCCGGGGGACUCUUCCUCCUGUGCCUGCGACGGACAAAUAACCGCUUUUAUGGGACCGACAGAAGAUGACGUUGGCGGAUGUGGUUCACAGAACGGUAGCACGCCGGGAAACGAAAUGGCCGCGAUGGACAAGCAAUUAAGGGAGAAUGAGGAACAUGCUUCUCUCGAAGACGAUGUCGCAAAAUCCAUAGCGAAGGAGAGCGGUCAACAGCGGGAACUUCCCCUAAGAACGAGGAAUGGCAUGGUCAAGGGUGGUACGCGGCAGGUACUUGGAAACUGCAAGCGUUGUGGCUACAUGUCGAGUCAAGAUAUUUGUCAGGCAUGCAUGCUUCUCGAAGGUUUGAACAAGAACCGCGCGCAGAUACAAAUUGAGUAA